AUGGCGACUCUAAGUGCAGGAAUGAAAUGCCUGAAGAGCUGUGUAUUCAUAUUGAAUAUCAUUUGUUUGUUGUGUUCCUUAGCAUUGAUUGGAGCAGGAGCAUAUGUGGAAGUUAAAUUCAGUCAAUAUGGAUCUAAUCUGCAUAAAGUUUGGCAAGCAGCACCUAUUGCUAUAAUUGUUGUUGGAGUGAUAAUUCUUGUUGUAAGCUUCUUGGGUUGCUGUGGCGCUAUUAAGGAGAAUGUGUGCAUGCUGUAUAUGUACGCCUUUUUCUUGAUUGUGCUGUUGAUCGCAGAAUUGGCUGCCGCCAUCGUUGCAGUUGUGUACAAGGACAAGAUUGAUGCAGAAGUCAGUACUCUGAUGACUGGUGCUCUGGAUCAAGAAACUGAGGAAAUACGUGAAUUUAUGGAUUUAGUGCAGUCAUCAUUCCACUGCUGUGGUGCUAAAGGCCCAGAAGAUUAUGUCAAGAAAGGCAUACCUCAGUCAUGCAAAGGUGAAGGAAAUGUAACAUACACUGAGGGUUGUGUGGAAGUCUUUGGAGCAUUUUUGAAACGAAAUCUAAUCAUUGUCGCUUGUGUUGCAUUCGGUGUAUGCUUCUUCCAGUUGUUGAGUAUUAUCAUUGCCUGUUGCUUAGGUCAACAGAUAAGAGAAUAUGAAAAUGUGUGA